UUUAUUAUUUUUUUUUUUUUUUGAUCUACGCACUGUCAAAACUGAUAACAAAAAAAUACGCAAUGAAUGAUAUAAAGAAAUCUCAAACACCAUUCGAGCUGUUAUCACCUUAUACUUAUAAAGCAUUUCGCGGUGCAUUCAAACUUGUUACCCACAUCUUUUUUAGGGAAAUAAAAGUAACUGAUCUCCAUAAUGUUCCCUCAUCAGGUCCUUGCAUUUUCAUUGUGGGGCCUCAUGCCAAUCAAUUCGUAGAUGGUGUUGUCUUCUUUAGUGUGAAUCCUCGCCCCUCAUACGCUUUAAUGGCAGCCGUAUCAUAUAAGAAACCCUUCAUUGGGCAUGUUGGGAAAAUAUUAAAUGCCAUUCCGGUAGUUAGACCGCAAGAUAUUGUCAACGUCGGCACAGGUUGCAUACAUUAUGAUGCUAUCAACAAUCCAUAUCGAAUUUUGGGUAAAGGGACACAGUUCCUUUCUGAGAUCGGUGUGCGUGAUUUCGUUAUCUUUGGAAACAAUUACAAAUUACAUGUGGCCAAGAUCAUUUCUGAUACGUUAUUGGAGGUGUCCCAUGCAAUCAUUCCCGGGCAAAAUUCACUUAAAGAUGAAUGGGCUCCGUUCAAAAUCGCUCCUCAUGUGGAUCAGACAACUGUUUACGAAGAAGUACAUCAACAUCUCAACAGACAUGAAUGUAUCACAGUAUUUCCUGAGGGCGGUAGCCACGAUCGUUCAGAGAUGCUUCCUUUAAAAGCUGGUUUCGCUAUUAUGGCUCUCGGAGCGAAAGCGACUAACCCAUCACUGGACAUUAAAAUUGUGCCUGUAGGCCUCAACUACUUCCAUCCAGAUCGAUUUCGUUCACGAGCUGUUGUUUCAUUUGGACAACCUAUUUCUGUACAUUCCAGCGAUGCGGAAGACUAUCAAAAGGGAGGCAAAGACAAACGAGAAGCAGUUACACGACUACUAGAUCAGUGUGAUGAGGCUUUCCGAACAGUCACCGUUAAUGCGCCGGAUUAUGAUACGCUUAUGGUGGUGCAGACCGCUAGACGCUUGUAUGUUCCUCCCAACCGCCAUAAAAAGGACUCCAAACCUCCAAGCAUAGCGGACGUUGUUCAGCUCAAUCGUCAUUUUGGGCUUUUAUGGGCCAAAUUAAAGGAUGAGCCUAAUUUGAAGAAAAUAGAACAAAAGGUGAAAUAUUACAAUAGCUUGUUACAAUUAUUCGGUAUCCAAGAUCAUCAUGUGGAGAAAUUGAACAUAACCCCGCAAAAAGCAGCCGUUCAACUGAUGAAACAAGCUAUUCAGUUGCUUAUUGUGACAGGUUUUGGGGCACCUUCAUUCCUUUUAAAUAUGCCUUUGAUUUGGAUAACAAAAUUCAUCAGUCGUAUGAAACAAAAACAGGCUUUGGCAGGUUCAUCGGUUAAAAUAGCUGGGAAAGAUGUUUUGGCUACAUGGAAAGUUAUUGUUACCAUAUUUGCUGCUCCAAUGUUGUAUGGGCUUUAUGGAUUAUUUUACUUGAUCUAUUUACACCGAAGAAAACCCUUGUUAUCUACUCGCGCCAAGCUAUUUCGUUCUAUGCUACUUUGGGUAAUUCAACCUAUAGUGUAUUACUUUGUCAUGCGUCUAAGCGACACAGGCAUGGAUAUUUAUAGAUCCAUAAAACCUUUGUUUUUGGCUUUACGAAACCCCGAAGCAAGCAAAAUCUUAUUAUCCAUACGACAAGAAUUAUCCAAAGAUCUGAACUUAUUCAUCAAUGAACAUGCUCCAGAGUUAGAGUUGCCUAGUCAUGCUGGAAACUCAUCACCAUCGCUAAGUCAUGAUUUUUUACCGAACGUUGUUGCUGUUGGUAGCUCUUCCAACUCAAGCAUAACUUUAUCAACAAAGGAAAGUUUGUGCGAGGCUCAACAAAAUUCUCAAAUAGAGAAUAGAAUACGCAGUGAUGAUUCUAAGGGAAGCAAAGACAGUCAUGAACCGAAGGAUAGUAAUUUGCUUAUUGACGCCUCAAUAAUUGAGGCAGAUUCAAGUGAUGGAAGUAUAAUGCUUAACUCCUUCGCGACGCAAUCUUUUGUGAUACCAACCGGGUACGAAGAAUCUCAUCCUGCAAGUACAGCAUUAUCCUCUUCUAAAGAAGAAUAACGAAGAAAAUUCGCAGACGAAAGUAUAGCGCUAAUGGAAGAAGUAAUAGAGAAAUAAGUAGCAAUAAUGACAAUCUAUAACUAUUUUUUGCAGACACAAUUAUAACAUAAGCUGUGCAGGAUUAAUAACAGCUACUACGUUUCUACACUAAUAGUUUCAUAACAACUUCUAGCCAUUUACGACA